UCAAAUCAAAUAUUGCAAACAACAAAAGAAAAUAUUUAACCAAAAACUCCCACAGAUUGCAUACAAAACCAACAUUGAUGAUAAUAGUGAUAAUUAGCAAUCUAACAACUGACAUUUAAUAUAACAACAUUUUUUCGAUUCAAGCAGAUUAUAUUGAUAAGUUUUGAAAAGAAGAAAACACAAAAUGGACCCAUCACCAGGAUUUAAAUGGCGAAAAUAUGGUUUAAUAACAUUGACAUCUAUAUCGAUAAUAUGGACAAUAAUUAUGUUCAUUAUUGUUUGCUCGCUUGCUGAAGAAGUGGCCGAAGAAACACAUAGAGAACAUCCUGAUAUUAAAGUGGAGACAGCUAAGAAAGCUGUCAUCAUUGCUGUUGGCAUCAUUAGCUUAUUCAGUAUUGCCAUUUCAUCGAUCGGUUUGUUUGGUGCAUUGAAAGAGAAUUAUUGUCUAUCAUUUACUUAUUCAAUAUUCUCUCUAAUAUCAUUGAUAAUCAAUUUCACUAGACUAUUCACCCAGCCCAUAUAUUGGGUUUCUUUUCUCAUUCGUCUUGGUAUUUUUGCCACGACAGUUUUAUUUGUAAUCGAUUUACGUCGAAUGCGUGUUGCUUCCAAUAAUUAUGCUUGAUCAAAACUUUAUUUCACAACAGACAGACUAAAAGAUCAAAAAUAACUUGAACCCAUUUGCAACCGAUAGAUGGCGCAAAAUGAUCUUAAAUAAAAAGGCACCAUAUUGUGAC